AUGCGUCUCCACCUUGUUAUUUCGCGCCAUGGCCUGCCAGUCACGCGCAUUCUCUGGACGACGACUUCGUCUACUUCGAUGCUAGGCGAAUAUGGGACUCAACGCCCUGCAUCAACCGCGGCUGUCGCAUCGUCUCGCGCCCCGAACAUCGCCUUCUCGAAUGGUGGGUACACGGUCGCACAGCUCCUCGAGGAUGUGAACGAAGUUGUGCCGCUGGAAACGGAGCCUAGUAUCUUGGACGCGGAAUUCAGUGGCCAGUGGGGAUUGGAAGAUUAUGUUGUCGAAGUUGCUGGCUCGGAAUGUCUCCAUUUUAUGGAGGUCGACGGCUUACUCCGAGAUGGAGACGAAGUUGUUAUCCGCGCCCUUCAACUAGCAGAUCUCCGGACCAGAAGACUGUGUGGUCGCCACCAAAUUACUGCCGAAGGUAAGCAUCUAAUCGACGGGGUGCCUUUCGGGUCACCGUUCUUGAAAAGAACUACCUCCACACGUCCUGCAAUUACCAUACCCCCAAGGAAGAAGCGGCGGACCGUCUUUUCUGGCUGGGGGCACGCUCCAGAGUUUGUGGCCGAGGGAGCCCACGCUGACGAGGAAGGUGAUGGAGAGUGGCUUCCACCUCAAAACACCGGGCUCGGAAAGGAGCUUUCGAUAAUUCCCGCCGAGCAUGAAGACUCCCUGGCUACGGUUAUUCGUCACCCUGUUGACCACACCGCGGAAUCUGACAGUGAAUCGAGUGUAUCUGACAUGCCUGAAAUUGUGGAGGAUGAAUUGGAAAGCGAACUCCAAGCGCUCAAAGAUGACUUCGAAGAAGCUUCUCAAUUUGUUGAUAUCAGGAAUCAGACUCGGAAUGCUAGUGGACACCCACUACGUGCUACCUCGAUAGUCAAUCGGCCAACUUCCAAGGGGUCACUUGCAGCUGCCUCGUCUCUCUCCAGCAAGCGCUCUCGCGCAGACGACUCACCUCCUAGGAUCUCCAAGGCUGUGAGGUUCAACAAGGGAGAUGACCAGGAGGAUGAGAAUUUGCCUGACCUAUCAAAACCAGCGCAAGUUCUGCAGGCCCUACAUAUCAAGGAUAGUGCUGCCGAAACUUCCGAUUCUGAUUCUUCUGAUUUAUCCGAUUCAUCUACGUCUUCUUCUGACAGCGAUUCUGAGGAAGAUUGCAAUGAUAAAUCUGACGAUGUUAACUCUACAAGUGAGGUAAAGCCCGCAGGGGAGGCGCUUGAGUCAGAUUCAUCUUCAAGCUCCGAAGAAUCUGACUCAUCUGACUCGGACUCAGAUUCCGAAGAGGAAGCUGGCCUACCUGUAGAAAAGGCGCAACGGCUGGUUUCAGUGGGUGCUCCUGGCGAAGGGUCCAUACGCACCAAAAAGAGUAACAACCGCAUGAAACUACGCCGCCGUCUAUCCAAGCUCAAGGAGCUAGGUGCUCUCCCCCAACAAGCAGGCUUUGAUGCAUUGCGGGAGUGGGAGGACCGCCACGGAGGCUGGUAUACUCCGGAACAAAAUCUUAAGCCCGAGCAAUUGGUAAAACCCCAACAACCUGUGGAACCGGAGCAAGAGUCUACUGAAUCUUCCAACAAGAGACAAAAGAGAGAGAAAAAGGAACAGGAGCAGAAAGAGUUCGAAGCCAGACGCCAGAAACUGCUCCGCGCUCUUGCGUUGGGUAAUGGUGUUGAUGUAAGCGAAAUAUCAGAGAAAGGAAAUCUCCCGCCUGCUACAUCUACCGUUGGGGAGACCCCUAUUUUAGAAGAAGUGCCCGGCAAGGAUCAGCCGGAACAGGAACCUUCGAACCGACGUACCCUGGACAUAGCUAGCUCACGACGCAUGCUCUUUGGAUCUCUGGGAAUGCGAACCCCGAAGACCAAGGAAGACGAAGAAGAAACGCGGAGAAAGAUCGCUGCUAAAGCUAGUGCGUGCGGGCCCCGACACAAAUUUUCCAAGCGAGACACCCAAGAAGAGACAGACCACAUACAAGAGGAAGAAGAUGCAUCCGACGUUGAUUGGCAAAACAAACUUGUUAUCUGUGCUGUCGAGUGUCUCUAUCCUCAAGUUGACAUGACCGCGCCUCCUUAUCCUUUUGUUCAACGCUGGGAUCAAGAAGCCAAUGCAUUGAUCCGUGAGCUCAAAGGCCCCAACAAGAAGCGCAAGAGAAAGCAGCGUGUCCAGUUUUACGAAGAAUAUGAGGAGCAAGGGGAAUACGAUGAAAUUGGGACUUACUACGGCCAUGAUGAGCAAUAUCAAGGCGGAGAUGACCAAGCCAAUCACGUGAGUCAUUACGAAGGUGAGGCUGAUCCGCAAUAUGGGGGUCACUGGGAAGGCGAAGCUGCUCCUUACUAUGAAGGCCGUUAUGCAGGCGAAGCUGAAGGAGAUCAGAUCAACUAUGACGAUGCUCCUGAACCUGAAAGGGCCACCUUCGAUGACCUCCCUCCGCCUCCCGCCGACAUGAGUUCUGUACCUGAUUUGACUGAGAGCGAAGCGAGGGUCGGCGCAAUUAUCGCAUUCCGACAGCUAGACUUAUCCAAAGCCACGAACUGGCAGCCUCAGCUGUCUGAGUACCGCGUAGCUGAGGUACGCUCUGUCAAAGACAAUGGGGUGAUUAAUGUACUACUGGCCAAGCGAGACCGAAAGGCACCUUCCGCAUCCAGCGAGUUUGACGAGCCCCGUCAAUUCAGCAAGUUUGAAGUACCAGACCUAGCCAACGACGAAGGAGAGGAUGAUGGCUAUCGCGAGCUUGCCUUUGCGGAACUCAGCGAUCCGAAGCUUCUCCAAGCUGCAGCGCGGUCGGGUGCAGAUUCUGAGGACCAGAACAAAAGCCGAGAAGGUAGCAUUGUCUCUGUAGUUCAAGAAUCCGCUCCGAAUGCCCAAAAAGCCCUGUCUGACGAAAUGUAUCUUGAUGACACAACCUUUGCCACCAUCGGAAAUGAAGUCAGCCGUCUUGAAUCCCUUCCUGAAUCCCCGGGUAUGCCCGAUGAACCUAUCCAACAGACUCCUGGCAGAGGUGUGCCACAGAUCCAAGUCCAGAGAGGAUCCGAUGAGCGCAGCAUUACACCUCCGAUCCCUUCGCCCUCUUUCACUGGAUUCCACUCCGCUCGAUCCUGGCAGCAAAUGACCCCUGGUGUUAAGCUCAGCCGCGAGCUUGAAGGCCAGACCCUCAUUGGAGGAGAAACACCGUCUGCUCAAUUCAAUCGAGGUGAGGAUCCUUCGGUAUUGUCAUACGCUUCUGCAAAUCAAUCCUUCGCAGUCCAUUCUGAGGACCAAGACAUGGCUGGGCAUCAAGAGCAUGAGCGGCAGGUUGUUAACGAAGAUCUCGCGCCGCCUGGCGAUUCCGGGGACAGCGGUCCUCAGUCUGGCUCACUUUUGUCCACCAUUGACCACAAUGGUAAUUAUGGUGCAUCUGAUUCUAAGUCUCUUUCUGUGAAAAGAGAUACGAAGAGAGAUAAGGACAAUGCGACCCCCAACAGUUCUUCUGAAUCACGGAGAGAUCUUUUGAACAGAUUAAGAAAUGGGCCAUCAGAGCUAGGCGAUUCACUUGUCACUAGCGAAGACAACAGCGAAGCCGACGUCAAUAAUGGCAAUCAGAGUCCUGAGCGGUUAAAAGACAGUGUGCAGAACUCCUACCUGGACCUCAAUUUCUCGCCGCUUGACUCCCCACGGGCAUCCAAUUCGCGCUCUCCCAACCCACCAAUGAGUGCCCAACAGGAUGCCCAGUCUCAAAAGCAAGCCUCACUCCCUUCGGCAUUCGAUACAGAAUCCCCCGUCGCGUCUACUCGCUCCAAACUCUCUCAGCUAGUACAUGAAUCCGAACCCGCCUCCCAAAUACCCGCCUCCCAGGCAUCCGAGGUGAUUGACCUCACUUUCAGCCCACGUGAAUCUCCGGAACCCAGCACCUCCGACCAAAAUCCAUCCCAGCGCUCCAAAUUUGCAGUGUAUGGGAAGUCACAAGGUGAAAAGGACAUUCCUCGCUCGUCUGGACGUCCACCCCGAGCUUCUACGGGAAGACUCCAACAUAUGGUGGAAGUUAGUAUUAGUCCUUCCAGUCAGAAGAAGAGGCGCUCCUCGCGAAAGUUCUAA